CAAGCUCGUGACAUCCAGGGAAAGAGCGGCGCCGCGCGUGCUGCUGAUCCUCGAGUGUGUCGGAAGGUUAUUUGGGAGGUUCACCUGAGUGUCGCUGAUGGAAACUAGACAGCAAGAGUUGUACUCUAGUGUCCUGAGUGAAGCAGUGGUGGACUGGGGCAGCAUGGGUCCUGGAGAGGAAUGGGUUAACUCAGCCUCACAAGAGGGAGAGCAGGGUUUCAAUCAGGCCAUGUUUGACCCUCCCGAUGAGGAAUCUAAUAUGAGGAGCUCAUAUGGGGAAAGCUCGGCCCCGGUCGUCCAAAAUGGGGAACGCCGGACAGAGUGGGGUGGAACUUCUCCGCCGGGGGAGGAUCAGUGGGGUCGCACGUCAGUGUCUGACGACUGGGUCAUGUCCACUACCUGGGAUAUGCAGCUGGACUGCACAGAGAGAGGACACCUCACUGCAGGUUUUCUGGACUCUGAGCCACUGAGAGAGGCUGAUGAAGAUCUGGCCUCAGAUGUCAACCUGAACAACCCCAUCCUGACAGAGGAGGAGAGGGAGGAGAUUCAGCAAGAACUGGCUAAACUGGAGGAGGAAAUAAAUACUCUGAAGCAGGUCCUGUUGUCCAAAGAGAAGCAGCACGCGGAGCUCAAACAGAAGCUGGGCAUCAGUCCUCUGAAUGAGCUCAAGAGCAACUUCAGCCGAGGCUGGCAUGACAUGCAGAGCUCCACGGCCUACAAGAAGACGUCUGAGACGCUGUCCACGGCAGGACAGAAGACGUCGGCAGCUUUCAGCACCCUCGGCAGCGCCAUCACCAGGAAGUUUGGAGACAUGAGCAUGGUUGGUCUAGAGUUACUGUUCCCUCGGAGGUCCAACUCUAUAGGUUACUCUAUCAGACACUCUAUGAGCAUGCCCACCAUGAGAAACUCUCCCAGCUUCAAGUCUUUUGAGGAGAAGGUUGAGAAUACGGUUUCCACCAUCAAGACCAAAGUUGGCGGCACAGGAACAGGAGGCAGCUUUGAAGAAGUCCUGUCGUCCGCAGCGAACGCCAGCUCUCAGGACACGCCCACCAACAACUUGACGGACAGCUCGGAGAGGCCGUGUUAAAGCUGCAUCCACGCUGAGAGGCAGGACUCAAACCAGGAAAACUCUGACUGCUGCUCCACAGCAUUAUGUUGCAUAUCUGCUCCCAGCUCUUGACUGAAAUUACUGUUUUUAUUUGAUCAUAAUGCGUUUGAUUGCAGACUUUCCCAUCUAAGUAUUUUUAAUACUUACUUUUGCCCAAAUGAGCAAUGCCCAAAUACUUAGAAUGAACCAAUAUAACUAAAUAUUACAAGGCAGCAGAUGUCUGCCUUUAGCUUGAUGUCAAAAGCACAUAGUGGAGCAUUGACGGGCUCUAUGUGGGUGUGAUAUCAGUAAAAGCUCCUGACAUCUGUCCUCCGAUGAUUUUUUUCAAUUUUAAAGGUCAAUACAACCCAGAUGUAGCCUGGAAGCUAGCCCGAAGUCCCUCCGCCCACUAAAUUCCAGAUGUUGUUCAGAGAAGAGUGGGGAGGAGCAGCCAGCUGUUAAAUGACCUUAAAAAUAACAUGAAUGCUGAUGUGAAGAUGACGGCAGGAGAGAAACCUUGCAUUUCUUACCUGCUUUUUUAUCGUGUUAGACAUCAAGUUUGUCAUCUUGACAACGCUCAGCUGCCAGAGAUACAGCCUCAGACACAAAACUAUAAGGUUAUUCAUUUGUUCUUGUACCUCUAAUAGGUAAAUGUGACAUGAGUGGAAAGAGACAUGGACUUGAAUCAGGACCAAUCUGACAUCGACCCCGUCACCUUUUAUACCAGAUCAAUGCUGAACUACAUUUUUAGCUUCUGAAAUCAAUCUGAUGUCGCAUUUUAACACUUAACGCCGUUGAUGUAAUUAACCCAAACCUGUACAACGCUGGGACGAAGAGCACUUAAAGGAAGUGGGUGCGUUCACACUGCAGGACACACUAGUCUACAGGAAGCACCGCAUGUAUGAAAAGGCGUUAAUAUUAACUCAGUGUGUCAUCCGUAACACAAUCCUUGGCUGUAAUGUGACCUUUAAAUCCAAUACAUGCUGUUACUUCCUGGUGCAGAACUAACCUUUUUAAUGCCUAGGAAAAAAUGCAUGAAAAGGUUGGUGCCGCAGAGGAUUAAAAAAUCUCAUUAUGAUUUUUUUUUUUGAGUGUGUGUGUUUUUAUUUUAAAUGUAUCCAUUCUGGUCCGUGUAGCAGCCUCGCGCUUCAAAGUGACCCUGAUUUAAUUACAUAAUCUGUUUGUUUUUCAUAGUUCUCAUGUUGUAACGAGUUCAUUUCUUUUUGUGGUUCGAUGCCAUGGGGUUUAUAUUUAUUAAAAAAUCAUGUCGACAUUCAAGCACUGAGAGUUUGUGUGUAGCAAGAACAGCUAUUCAAGUCUUACAAAAAUAACUGAGGUAAUCCACGUUAAUGAUUUACAGGAGGUA